AUGGAUAUUGAGGAUGUGAAGUGUCAUGGGAAUGGAAAACGUAAAAGAGGGUCAAAGAAAAGAAAACUUCUUGUCGAUGAGAGAGUCGAGGUGAAGAGUGUGGAAGAGGGUUUUCUGGGUUCAUGGCACCCGGGGACCGUGAUCCGUUGUGGGAGGAAGAAACGUCAUGUUAGAUAUGACAACAUUUUGGAUGAUAAGGGUUUAUAUUAUCUUGUUGAUGUGGUGAUUGUUUCAUCUGUUUUGGAUGAUGUUAACAGUUCUUCAGAUUGUUGCAAUAGACGUGGCUUCAUUAGACCAGUGCCUCCUCCAUUUGAGUUUGGGGAAAAUGACCUUCCAUUUGCUCUUUGUGUUGAUGUGAAUUAUCAAGAUGCAUGGUGGGAAGGUGUUAUAUUUGAUCAUUCUAAUGGAAUGAAGGAGAGGAGUGUGUUCUUCCCGGAUUUGGGUGAUGAAAUAAAGGUUGGAACUGACCAACUACGGAUAACUCAGGAUUGGGAUGAAGCUUCCGAGGAAUGGGAGCCAAGAGGGAAGUGGGUGUUUCUUCAAUUGAUUGAGGAGUGUGAGAGGACAUCCUAUAUUCCAGUUUCAGUGAAGCAGAUAUGGUAUGAUAUAAGGGAAAGAAAGGAUUUCGACAACAUAAGGGACUGGACUUGUAAGGUGCAGGACUUGUGGAGAGAGCCUGUAAUGGAGGUAAUUGGUGACUACUAUACUCUCACACUAGAACAAAUUUUCCCAGCCUUAAAUCUUCCAAAGGAUUUCUUCAAAGAACCACCACAACUGGAGUCAGUUGAACCUACUGACAAUGUUCAUUGUGAUGCUAGUAAGGAUAAUGUAUUUGGUUCUGACAUUGGAGUAUCUGAUUGCCCUAUGGAAAAUGGUGACUCCUCAAACUUGUUGGAUAGUGAUAAAAAAUGUAAUAGCAUUAUUCCUAUUCAAGAGGAAUAUGAUAAAAAUACUUUGGUGGAUGAGACAUCUGAGAAGGAAAUUCUGUUGCAGGAAGAACCUGUAUCUUCAAAUCAAGAGGUCUUGCCCGAUGCUGGUAAAGUGAUUCCAGGUGCUAGCUCUUGUGGAAAGAAGAGAAAACGUAGGGACCCAACAUCCUUAUGUUGGCAUCCUCUGAUAAUGACUGAGGUUGAAUUCUGUCCUGAAAUUAUUAACGAAUAUUUACUUGGAUGUGGAAGCAAGACCAUUAGAGAUCUUUUGAAGACAAGAGUACGGAAACAUCUAGCGUAUGUUGGAUGGAAGAUUGAGUGGACUGACGAUAAAUAUUUUCCUGGAAGAAAACGAUUUAGGUACAAGUCACCUGAUACACAGGAUCAGAAGAUUUAUACUUCACUUGUUCAGGUUUUGACGGAUAUGCAAAAGGAGUCCAACAUGAACUCUGUGCUGCCCCAAAUUGAUUACAAUAGAAUGCAUUAUACGAAUGACAAUAAUAUUUCACAUCUGCUUUCAGAUCAACCCCAAAAUGACCACGAUCUAGAUGUUUGUCCUCCAAAUGGGGCACCUUCUCCUAGUAAAGUUGUAGAUGAACCUGAAUUCUGUCCUCACGCUGUUGUGAAAUACUACUUGAAUGAAUCAGAUAACCAUAGGGGUGAAAAAGGAAAAUGGAAAAUAAAAGCACAGAGGCAUCUAUUAGCAGAAGGAUGGGUACUUGACUACCCAACUGAGAAAAGGAGGAGAACUUUGUACAGGUCUCCACAAAAUCAGUGUUUGGGCUCACUUCGAGGUGCAUGUAGACUAUACAUUAAAGAAAAAAUUCCUGAAUGGACUACUUCUGGCUUGACAACUUUGAAUGUCCCAACCAUGAAUGAGGAAAUUGUUGGUCAUGUUGAUAAUGAAUAUCUAUUGCAGAGUUUGUCGCAAUUACUUCAAAUAGAGCCUGAAUUGCAGACAGUCAGUGGUUCACUGGCAAGUGGAUCAACUGAGAAUAGAAACCACAAACGCACCAGGAAUUCAAAGGCAAGCAUGCCAAAGCACCACAGGAAAGGAUCACCUACACGAGUGCUGCGAUCAAGCAAGAGGGUGCAGAAGGUGUCUGCUCCUAGUCUGAUACACCAAAGACCUCAAAAUGUCUUGUCUUGGUUAAUAGAUAGCAACAUGGUGUUGCCAAGAUGUAAGGUCUAUUGCCGGGCAGGUGGUGGUAGGAACCCUGAUUUUGUGGCUGAGGGGAGGAUAACCCGUGAAGGAAUCAAGUGUAGCUGUUGUAAGAAAAUAUAUGGUCUUGGUGGCUUUGUACAUCAUGCUAGUGGCAGCAGUGACUGCAGGCCUUCUGCUAGUAUCUUUUUGAGGGAUGGUAGGUCACUCUUAGAUUGCAUGAUACAAGUAAUGCAUGACUGCAGAACAAGGGAAACUAUGGAGAAAGCAUGCAAUGAUCAUUGUGAUGGCGAAAAUGACAAUGUUUGUUCUGUUUGUCAAUAUGGUGGUGAACUUAUUUUAUGUGACCAAUGUCCAUCCUCAUUUCAUAAGGAGUGUCUUGGUAUGGCGGAUAUCCCUGAUGGUGACUGGUUUUGUCCAUCAUGUCGUUGUGGGAUUUGCAGCCAAAUCAAAAUGGAAGGGACAGAGCAUGGACUUUUUCUUACUUGUGUUCAAUGUGAACGUAAAUAUCACGAUGGAUGUCUUGAAGAUAGAGGAAAAGAUGAAUCAAGAAAAUAUAUGAAAAAUUGGUUUUGCGGAAAAGAAUGUGAACAGAUAUAUGAAGGCCUCCAAAAUCUAAUAGGAAAGCCAAUCACAGUGGGUGGGAAUAAUCUAACUUGGACAUUAAUGAAGUGUAUCAACUCUGGGAGCUGUGAUGUUGAUAGUACCAAGAACGACUUAUUGGCAGAGACUUACAGCAAACUCAAUGUUGCACUUUCGGUGAUGCAUGAAUGUUUUGAGCCCCUAGAGAAUCCUUUCUCCGGCAGAGAUAUCAUUGAUGACGUCAUAUUUAAUAAUAGGUCAGAGCUUAAACGAUUGAAUUUCCAGGGUUUCUACUCCGUACUUCUGGAGAGAAAUGAAGAAUUGAUCAGUGUAGCAACUAUAAGGGUAUUUGGACAAAAAGUAGCAGAGGUACCUCUUGUGGGUACCAGAUUACAGUAUCGUCGACUUGGAAUGUGUCGCAUUUUAAUGGAUGAGCUUGAGAAGAAGCUCAUGCAUCUGGGAGUGGAGAGGCUAGUCUUGCCUGCUGUUCCUGGCGUGCUAGAAACCUGGACCAAUUCUUUUGGCUUUGAGAAGAUGACGAUUUUUGAGAGAUCACAAUAUGUGGACUAUUCUUUCCUAGAUUUUCAGGGAACCGUUAUGUGCCAGAAGCUGUUGACAAGGAUUCCAUAUCAGGAUCCGGUUAUAACAGAGACACCUACAAGACCACUUAGUGUUUACUCUGUUAAAUGUAAAAUUGAGUUUGAGAAGUCGAGUUCAGUAUCUGAAGUGGACGACCAAGUUGAAGAAAUUCACAACAAUGGAAUGAUGGAUCUACAAGUUGUGGAGUACGUCUCACCUAUGCGUACUUCCUAA